CUAUGUCGACUGGGCGUGACAUGGGGACAAGAGUGGAGGUUUGCUCAUAUGUGCAGCCCAGAAAGGGACAUGUGCCAAACUACUGGAUGAUGAGUCGGCUGAGAAAAAUUGGUGGGAGACCACCCACACACAAAGAGUAUAAACUUGCACAACUGUAUAUGGUAGCAAAGUACAGUGCAAGUGAGAGCUCGGGAGAUGAUGGAGAUGGCGUGGAGGUUCUCAAGAAUGAACCGUUUCAGGAUGGGGACAAGCAAGGCCAAUACACACACAAAAUCUACCAUCUGGCCAACAAGCUGCCCAGCUGGCUGGUCACUCUACUUCCCCGAAAGGCGCUGAUGCUGGAGGAGGAGGCAUGGAAUGCUUAUCCCCAUUGUAUCACAGUCCUGAAGUGUCCAUUCUUCAACAAAUUCAAGCUCAUCUUGGAGAGCAAUCAUAUUUCAGACCGGGGGGAAACCGACAAUGCCCUCAACCUGGAUCCAAAGACCAUCAAGAAACGCCAGGUGGAGUGUCUCGAUAUCGCUAUAGAUCCAGUCGAGAAGUAUGUGGAAGACGAGGAUCCUACAAAGUUCAAGUCGAAGAAGACGGGCCGUGGGCCGCUUACGGAGGGAUGGCAGCAAACUUGUGAACCGGUCAUGUGUGCAUACAAGCUGGUUACUGUCGAUGUACCGUAUUGGGGCUUUGGAUCGAAGGUUGAGAGGUUCAUUUCAAAGACAGCUCAGAGGAAGGUUUUGCUGGAGGGACAUCGGAAGUGCUUUUGUUGGCUCGAUGAAUGGUUUGGGCUCACAAUGGAUGACAUUCGAAGGAUGGAGCAAGAGACUGCAGAAGCAAUCGCAAGGGCGAGACAGUUGAUGAAAGUGCAAGCAGAAGCGCACACGCCUUCGGGCGCUGGUCCCAUGCUUACUGAUACUGGAGAUCAGCUGCCUCAGAUUCCAGAGACGGAAGUUCUGGAUGAGACAGUUACCCCUGCAAGUACUGUUGCAGAUCCAGACACACAACAGUUCACGCAGCGGAGAAGGGAGGUGGAAGCUGUUGCUGAUAAGCCACCGUCCACCCCUCACCUACAUUCUACCCCUCGUGAUGGUCAGGCCCGAGCCUCUAACAAGGACCAGAGUCCCAGGUAUUCCCGACGUCCAAGCUUGGUUGGACCUGCUGUGGCUGUUGGCAUCAACACAAUGAGCGCUUCAGACUCGGUAAAUUCUGCAAGCGAGGGCCAAGGCACUUCUGUCCCAACGCCCCCCAGCAGUGCUACCGCGCAUACAAUGACCCCUGUGAAUGCAGAAGGGGACAAGUUGGAGCCAAGCAAAGACACGCGAAGGUCGUCGGGCGACUCGUUGCCAUCCAGCUCUGUUUACCAACAAAGUUCCUUAGUGGAAUCGAACUCUUACGGCAGUCUCCACUACAACAGCUCUUAUAACGACUUCUCGAUAGGAGGGUCAUCGAACGACUUGCUCUACAACGGGGAGCUUUCAAGAUCAGCCAGCGAUGAGACAGGUGGGUAUUCGUCAGAGACGAAAAAGUGUCUAGAAAUACUUGAACGGGCGAUUGCGCUAACCAAGGGAAAGACGAAGAACAUGGCCAACGGAUCACGGUCAAGCUCCCUUAACGGAAGUAGCAGAGCAAUGUCGAAUGGGGGAAUCUCUUUUGACAGAGGCUCAAGCAGUUACUCGAAGUUGUCUUCGACCAGGCAGCCAGGAAGUAGUUCGGCCUCUGUGUCGUCGAAACAAGACGAGCCAUACGGCGUGGACUAUUACAUCUCUGUGAUUGACCAGGCCAUUGCAGUGCUGAAGGGCUCUAGAUAGAGGCGAACUUUCCCCCUUCUUGCUCCGUCAUCUUUUGCGGAGCUGCGUCGUUCUCUGCCUCUCCCAGAAGGAAAUCUCUGCGGUGCGUUGUCCUGUGCUCACCUGGCACGACUUCCUGUUUGUGACAUCGUCUCGUUCGCCUUGUCAAUCAGGAUGGGGGAGGCUGAGAUGUUCAGGUGGCCAGAGUGUCCUGUGAUCAGCAAAGAGGAGAUGAAGGGAGGGGAGAGGAGGGGAGGGGAGAGGGGAGGGGAGGAGGAGAGCAGGCGUAGAGAACGGUGGAGAAGAGGAGAGGAGAGGGGCCAGAAGGGCACUGAGAAAAGGCGUUCGUUGCAAGGAAUUACCAUCUACAGUUUUCCGUCAAUGCUUGAGAAUGUAGUUUUUCAGCUGUGCGCUCUCGUUCUUUUCGUAAGGUCGUCCCUUGGUUCUAGAUUGUGGAGUUUUGGAGAGAACGGUUAAUUUGCAGCUGGGAAGGGGAGGAGGAGAGCAGGCGAAGAGAACGGUUGAUUUGCAGCUGUCAAUGCAUAGCCCUCUCAGUUGUGUGCUAUGCAGAGGGACGCACAUAGGACAGGGUCUUACCUGCUCCUCAGUGUCCCUUGUGUUUUGGAGUCUUGGUUCUCUCAGCUGCUGGACGCCUUAGCUUUUUCAGUCGUUCUCUCUGCUGUUAUGGAAAUGCACCUGGUCCAGUUUAUGAGAUGGAGGGAACAGAAUACGUGAGAGGUGGUGUGAAAUGCAAGACAACGGUUGGUCUGUCAUUACUGUUGCAAAUCAACGGCCCGCAGUCUAUAUUCGAAAUGCCUUGUCGUUGAGCGAGCGUGUAAGCUUUGCUUCUUCAGGAAGGCCUCUGCUCUGUCAUUUGUCCUCUUGAACGAUCAGAUUAUUUUGUGAUGGUGUCUAUAUGGCAGCUGUGGAUAUGAGGGUGCCAAAUGUGAGGAGGAGGAGCUGUAUGGACACUGAAGAGGAGGAGAAGCUCUACCACAUCCUUGGAAACGUGGUCAGGGAAACUGCCUUCUUCCUGUCCUUGUAUCUGUAUUUGGCCUGAAAGGUGCACUAAAUACACCGGUCUAAUUGACCAGGUGCUGCAUUCAGGGGAAUAAGCUAUCCGUAACUGCCUUACAGAAGAACACGACCUGCACGGAAAACGCUAUGUCAUGGUUUGAACGGGAUCGACACUCGACACACAAGCUGACUGAAGCUCAAUUCUCUUGGCUUUUGCGAUUGAUUGAAUAGAGACCCGUUAGCCUGAAAUGUUUCCUGCUGGGGAACAAUGGUGCGCCUCAGUUUGCUGUAUUUGGGGGCAACUUCCAGACCAGACGCAGCGAUAAUGACCGGGCGUCUACUUCGGGUGAAGACGGUAGUCAAUCAAUCAACCGCAUUCAGGAAGAGUUAGCAAACUGGAAGUAGUAUCUUCCGAUUAACACACGGACGAAGCGACUUUUUUUUCUCUUUUUUUCUCUUUUUUUCUCUUUUUUUCUCUUUUUUCCCCUGUCACUGCUGUCAGUCCUGUUAUUAUUGGCAAAGGCUGGUUUUGGACGUAAUAUAUCUUCAGAUUAACAAACUGUAAAGCUUUCUUUUUUCUUUACUGGCCACCGAGCACAGUUUUCGGCAGAGGCUGGUUUUGGACGUGCACGUGCUGAUUUCAUCCGUUACUUGAUCCGGUAGUGAGAAGGCGCCGGAAAGUUGCAGUUCACCGUUGAGGAAAGCAGAUUUGCUCCCUCCCUCCUGCCGCAUCACUAUAAACCUGUGAGGUCGGAAACAACUGUUAUAGCGGUGUGUUGUCACACUGUUGUGCCCAUCUUCCUGCUUUUUAUCCAGUAGUGGGCAACGACGAGGAGGAAAGCAGAUUUGACCCCUCCCUCCUGCCACAGUUGAUAUCCUUGUCUUGUCCACGGGCAGACAGCGCUGCUGCAAGGGUUAGUCGAACUUAGUAUCACGCCCUGCGGUUGCAAACAUCGAGUGGUGACUUUGCGCGAGCUUCUGCAGUCCAACUGGUCUGUUCUCUCUCAGCGACUUCUGCGACCAACGGGUAAAUCCAAUUGGUUUCUGGAGCUGGAGCCUUCUCUCACCAGUCGACGAUGCUUCUGGUAGCGCUCGCCGCUCGGUACCACGGAACAUGAGUGGCGCUUAACAGCUCUGAAGAGCUCAACGUCAUGUGGCACUUCUCGCUUUCUGCCGUCUCCCAGGUGGAUUUAUGGCGAUGGAAGAAGGUGGUCGAGGGGCAGCGGGUGGAAUGCGCCAGUCACUUUAUUGGAUAUGGUGGGUGUUGCUGGAAAGAGGGUACAAUCCCGAUUGCUCGGCGUCACGAUGCAUGCUUGUGGUAGUGCUCGGUAUCACGGAACGUGAGUGGCGCUUAACAGCUCUGAAGAGCUCAAUGUCAUGUGUCACUUCUCCCUUUCUGCCGUCUCACAGGUGGA